ACAACGGCAGGUCUAGCGGCGCCUUCGCUCCUGCUCCGUCGUCGAGUCGGCCUUUUCUCCUCCUCCUCCUCCCUCUUUCCUCCGCCAUGGCCAACUCAGGCUUGCAACUGCUGGGCUUCGCGCUGGCCCUGCUGGGCUGGAUCGCCACCAUCGUGGCCACCAUCCUGCCCCAGUGGCAAAUGUCCUCCUACGCCGACGGCAACAUCAUCACCGCCGUGGCCGUCUACCAGGGCCUCUGGAUGACCUGCGCUUGGCAGAGCACCGGCCAGAUCCAGUGCAAGGUCUACGACUCGGUGCUGAGUCUCAAAGCCUCCCUCCAAGCCACGCGGGCCCUGAUGGUGGUCUCCAUCGUGCUGGGCGUGAUCGGCAUCUGCAUUGCCACCAUGGGGAUGAAGUGCACCCACUGCGGAGGCGACGACAAGACCAAGAAGGCUCGGAUUGCCAUGACGGGGGGCAUCAUCUUCCUCAUUGCGGGUCUGGCUUCGCUGAUCGCUUGCUCGUGGUACGGGAACCAGAUUGUGCAAGACUUCUACAACCCCCUGACCCCCAUGAAUUCCAAGUAUGAAUUUGGAUCUGCCAUUUUCAUUGGCUGGGCCGGUGCAGCACUGGUGCUGCUGGGUGGUGGCCUCCUCUGCUGUUCAUGUCCUGGGAAAACCAGCUACGGCCGUCCCUACAGCCAAGGCAAACCCAUCUCCAAGCCCCCCAGUAACAAGGAAUACGUCUGAUCACCUGAAGCAACCGAGUGUCAAUUCUGCGACUCACAUGCGUGUCUCGUGCCUGGAAUACCGCAGAAUUAUCCCCACCUGCCUAUCCCAUUCUGGGGCGCUGAACUCUUUGAAAUGACCUUGGUAUAACUUCAGCCUCAUCGGAGGCAGUUUUAAAGUUAAUCUCACACCAAGUUUUUGAUAUAUAUUUAAAUUUUAUUGUACCCUUUUAGGAGUAUAAACACGAUUUUUUUUAAAGUAAUGGGUUGUCCAUCGGUGAUUAACCUAUGAGGUGUAGCAUCCUACUUAAACUUUUUCCAAGACUGCUCUGGUUUUAACUUUGUGUACAAUGUUCUUGGGGUUAGAGGGACCCAAGGUUGGAUGUUAUUGUCAGUUUAGGAAGUUUGCCCCACCCAUCCAGGGACCGGAUAUAAAUUCAAAUAUUAAUAAUUUACUAAGGGGUGUGUGCAGAUGUAACACACCUAAAGGAGGGUAGACCAGGUUUGCUUGAAAGAGUUUUGACACAUGAAGCCCAAUCUCAGUGGGCAGGAUUAAUUAAUUAUGGGGGCAGGGUACUAGCAAACUGAACCCCAAAAUGCAGAAUUAGUUUCCUUGAUGGUUUACAAGGUAGGAAAUCUGUGAGGAAGGAAUGCAACUGUACAGGAGACUCACAAAUGAGAGAUACGUGACUGUUGGGCAUUAAUUUAAGGGGGCAAUUUAGGGUGAUAUUAACAAAGGUGUCCUACAUGGCCUUGUUCUUUGGGAAGAAUAAAUCCUUUUGGGGUGGCACAGGACUCAAAUAGGUAAGCUCUCUGUGACAUAGAUGCAUAGUGAACCCCUAGCUUUCCCAUAAAAUGCAUGGAUUUGUGGAAGUGUGCAUGUGCACACGCAUGUGCGCAUAAGUACACUCACGGCAAUCAAGCUGAGAAGAUAAUUCUAGAAUCUUAAGACGGUAUCUUAGUCCCAGACCAUCUCUGACCUCCCACCCCCAAAUUCUUCUAUCAAGUGCUUCUACCUUCACCCAUACAUUGUGUUUUGAAACUCUUCUCUUUUUUUUUUUUAAAUCCAGCAAUAUUUUGCCUGCUUGAUAGAUCUUAAAUGUUGUUUAAUCGCAUACAGGAGAGGCAGCAUGAAAGGUGUUGUUGAUUUGUUUCAGAAAGGAGGCAUUCCUAGAGCAAAGCAAUUGCCUUAUUUAAAGCACAAUAGCUCGUGAGGGUUGUGCACGUGUGUGUUUUUAUUAAUUGUCUGUUGCUGGGAUUUUUUUGUACAUAAUAAAGAAGACUUUUGGAGAAAAGCUG